AACUUACCGUAGCAACCAAAGUAAAUAAGUCUGAUUGUUGCCGUGGCAGAAAAUUGAAUAAAUCUUGAAUUUACUUAUCAUAAAAGUCUCAUAAUUUCCAAUUGAUCGGAAAAAUGUUUUGGGGAUUCUGUGAAGCUAGAGAUCUAUAUAGUGAAUAUGAAUCAAUGCUAAAGGCAUCAAACACUAACGAUGAAAAUAAAGAUGUGCUGAAUAUUCUUCUGUAUGGGAGCGGUGAUCCUCGCUUAAUUUUGAAAACAAUUGCUAAAUCCUACAAGCACGGUGUCAAAAUAAAUUUUUACGUUGUCGAAGGUUGUCUCGAGAUAUUGGCAAGAAAUGUCCUUUUAUUGAAUGUUGCACUGGAACCGCCGACCGAAUUUUCAUUGAAAGGAAAAACGCAAACGUUCAUGGACCUGUACGGCAAUUCAUUACUGAGACCAAUUUCUCACAGUUAUAUGUGCAGCAAAGCCAAACAUUUUCUGAAUGUAAUUACUGAUUUGGAUUAUGGAAAAGAAAAGAUUCCAAUCCUAAACUUCGAUCAAUUAAAAUAUUGCGAACGCGACGCUUUGGAAAACAUUUUUUCAUUCUGGUUGGAACGGAAAGGAAACGUUUUCAAUAUAACGAAUUACUGGGAGAAUAGAAACCGAAACCUGUUGAAAAAUCGCUACGACAAUCGUCAUGGAGUCUUUGAUUGGGAUUUACAAAUGAGAUUGAAAGACAACGGUGUGGAACAAAUUUGCAGCCAGGAAUACAAACAUUGGCGCGAUGUUGGUGUCGCUUUCGUUUUUCCCGAGUACGAACAGGCAAUGCCCAAUAAAACACUAGCCGCAGACUUAUGUCGCAAUGGAACGGUUUAUCGACAUAGGGGAUAUGUGGGUGACAUAACGGUCGGUCCAUUUACAACAUUUGGUUUGAAAUGUGAUGAUGCAAAUUUGUUGCGGUCAGAGCAUGGGGCAAAUUUCUUUCGAGCUUCGGAUGUGACGGAAAGAAAUGUGUUCGAGAUUAUGUUUGAAAUACAGGAGAAAAAGAAGUAUGAAAGUAACCGCAAUGACUUGCAUCAAUUCGGGACAACAAUUUUGGACAUGGGAACAACAAUGCCUACUGUAAAUCCUGAGUGCAAUGAAAUCGAUUUACGAAAAUAUGAAGAGCGUAUACUGCCGGUGGAUGAUAUUACGAUAACUUUCUUACCUCGCGAUGACAUACAGGCCAUACAAAACCGUGCAAAUUUCAAUGGAUUCUUCGACAUUAUCUUCGUAUCCAGAAAUUAUUUCCCAUUUCUGAAGGAAGAUUUCAUUAACAUUUUAAAUGAGAAUGCUUUGGUAAUGUUUGAAACUUGGCAGUAUUCUACGUUGCGUAAAGACCAAAUUGCCGAAGAUCUGAAGAAAAUCAAGGAUUAUGCCAAACUGCUGAACUUAACACCAGUUACAAACUACGCCAUUAAUAGGCCUCUCCCAGUGGUAAAGUAUAAGAAAUGUUGAUUGAAAUAUUAAAGAGUUUUUAAUAAAAAUGUUCCUUUGCACAAGACGUGUCUGAGAACUAACAAAUAUUCAAUUAAGUCA